CUGAACCCUCCGCUUAAAUCUUUCAAUAAAUCCUCUCUCUCUAACUUCACCUCAAUCUUUCUCUCUCCCAAACUUAGCUCUGCAAUUCGGGAGCUUCCGCUCUCCGAUCAGACUCGUUUAAUGCACUGAUCAUCAAACCACACACUAGUCCAAUCGCUUCACAGUCAUGGCCGAAAUUGCCAAACUCGUCGAAGCUCUCUUCGAGGACAAGCCAUCUAGCGAUCUCUCUCAGAGACUUCGCUUCGAUUCGUCAAUCAAGCUAGGGCUCGAGAAGUUCUACUCGAUCCUCACACACGGCGUCGAAGCUAUCGGAGAUGGAAAAGUAGGGCUGGAACGCUGGGACGAGUCUCAGAAUCAAGCCGUUGGUUCCGUAGCCUGCGCGAUAGCUUACGCCACUCGAUCUCUCUCAGUUGAGCAUGCGGAGCCUAUAAUUGUUGCUGUGGUGCAACAGUCGUUGAAUUUCGCAAUAUGCUAUUUGGAAAAAUCAAUGCGUAGCAGUGAUGAUUUGACUGUUCAGAAUAAUAUGGUACAGCUGUUGGAGACAGCUCUAGUUGAGGGAAUGGAUAAAGAGUCUGAUACAUCGCUGCCUCAUGCCGUGAAUACACUUAUAGACUCGUUACCGAUGUUUUCUAUUGAAACUGGUAGUAUUGAGUUGCAGAAACACAAUACAUGCACGCUUCAAGGGGGAAGUUGCUCAAUGGAAGAGAAACCAGUGGAUCGGCUCCUUUUGACAUUAGCUUCUGAAUGCAUGCAACCUGAUCGUACAACUUCACAGAUUGGCGGACCCAAUUUUCACCAGGAUUUCUAUAAGUUGAUUUCAUUAUCUCAGCAUUGGGCAGUUGUUCAUUUGGGAUGCAUCAAACGUCUCAUUUUACUCUGCAAAGAACUAUUUGAACUUCCAGAUAUGUUUGAUGAUAAAACUGUGGGUACAAAUUUUCACAAGGGAUUAUUUUUCUGUGUGAGGAUACUCAAGUUACUCAGUAUUCUUACAAAGAGCAUUCCAUAUGUCGAAUACGAUGUUGAAUUGUUGAAUGCUGUUGCUUCAUUUGUUGGUGUUCUGCCUAGCUUGUUCAGGCCAAAAUUUGACUUUGUAAACAUUGAUGCUACUUCUGAGAGUAGUUUUGAAAGUCCCGUAUUGUUGCUGUUGGAUGAAUUUCUUCAAAUUGUCCGGAGUAUUUUCUGCAAUAGCUUUGUAUUUCAAAACAUCCAGGCAUGUGUAGUAGCUUCUAUGUUGGACAACUUGGAUACCGUUAUAUGGAGGUACAACAAGUCUGCUGCUAAUCAAAAGCCCCCACUGGCUUACUUUCCCCGGAUUGUUAUUUACAUUCUGAAACUCAUCGAGGAUGUUAAAAAAGAAACACAUCAGGAGUUCGAUAAAGAACACAUUGGUAGUUUUGAUGAUUUCCAGAAAAGUCCCCCUUCAUUCCAUGCUUGUUUUGAGAAAGUCUCUUUGCUAAAGAAGCACAGAAGUGAGGAACUAUUGAAAAUAAUAUUCUCUUCAUCAAAUCAGUGGGUGGACAAUCUGAUACAUCUUGUUCAUUUUCUUCAUUCUGAGGGCGUGAAAUUAAAGCCAAAAUUGGAGAGAUCAUUUUCCUGCGGUACAAAAGUGGUCAGUACCUCUGAACCAGAAAGUGCGGUUUGCCAUGAAGAAGAAGCACUCUUUGGAGACCUUUUCUCUGAGGGUGGUCGCUCAGUAGGAUCUGCAGAUGGAAAUGAUCAACCUACUGUUGCAGUCAAUUCUGUCUCCAACUUCUGUAAUAUGCCAAUUCAAGCUGCCACGGAACUGUUCAGUUUUCUAAAAUUGUGUGUGUUUAGUCCUGAAUGGAAUCCUUCUAUAUACGAGGAUGGUUGCAAAAAGCUUAGUAGUUGCCAUAUUGAUAUUCUGCUUUCAAUUCUCAACUGUCAGGCUUGCUGUUCUGAAGAUAGGACUUUUGAUAGUGGUGUUGCUUUACAAGAACAGAGGAAGAUUGGGUAUACCUAUGAACUCUGCUUUGAAAUUUUGAACAACCUUCUCUCACUCCAUGCUUUAUCUGAUUCACUUGAAGAGUACCUUGUUGAGCAAAUCCUGAAUAUUGACAAUGGUGUUUUUGUUUACAAUGACCAGACCCUAAGCUUGCUAGCUCAUACUCUUAUCUGUAGGGUUGGUUUGGCGGGUAGUCAACUGAGAACCAAAAUUUACAAGGUAUUUGUGGAUUUCAUCUCCGAGAAGGCAAAAAGAGUCUGUUCAAGCUAUUGUAGCCUCAAGGAACUUCUAGAGACUCUUCCAUCUGUGUUUCACAUUGAUAUUCUUCUUAUGGCAUUUCAUUUGUCCUCCGAAAAUGAAAAGGCAGCAUUGGCAAACUUCAUAUUUUCUUCCCUUAGAACAAUUGAUUCUCCUGCUGCUAGUUUUGAUAGUACACAACUGUCAUGCUGGGCUUUAUUAGUCUCAAGGUUGGUUUUAGUGUUCCGUCAUAUGAUAUUUUACCCCCAUGCUUGUCCUUCAUCAUUGCUUCUGGAGUUGAAAUCCAAGUUGAGGGAGGCCCCACUUACUCGAUCAUGUCCUCCUAGUAAUGUAAAUGAUCAUGUGUCAUCUUGGGUAUCAAUUGCCGUGGAGAAUGUGAUGGGUUCAUGUAUCAAAGAAGGGUCUGUCAGUAGUAGCUUGCUUAAACAACUGAUUGAUAUUGCGCCCCUCCCUGCUUCAAUAUGCAGAAAUGACCUGGCAAUUGAAAGGUUUAAUCUGAAGUGGGGCGAUGUAUGUGGCUCUUUUUCAUGUAUUCUGGGGUUUUGGAGGGGCAAAAGAGCUGCAAUGGUGGAGGACCUUAUUCUUGAAAGAUAUAUAUUUGUGCUAUGUUGGGAUGUUCCUAUCACCGGCUCUACAUCGGAAAAUUUGCUUCCCUUUUGGUGUGGCCUGCAGACCAUUGACACCUCAAAUAUGGAGCAUUUCUUCUACUUUAGCCAUUCAGUUCUAGGCCACUGUGGUAUUAUUGGUGAGGGCAUUAACUUUCCACAGGUGGUGUUUAGUGUGCUACAACAGUUGCAUUCUGUGCAAACAUCAGGGGACAUUGGGGAAUUAGGCUGGGACUUUUUGAGGAAUGAUUCAUGGCUGUCUCUGCUACUGUCAUUACUUAAUGCUGGCAUCUGGGAAUAUUGCAGAAAGAAUGCAAUUAGUUCGGUUGGUCCAAUCUGGUCAGAGCACACAUCUAGUGACAAUGAGUUUCUUAGUCUUGCCGAUGGCCUGGUUUCCAGUGUCUUUGGUGCGAAUCAAGUAGUACUGCUGGUGAGGAUAUUGUCUUCUUUGUUGAGCAGAUGCUUACAGGUUCAUGAGAAAGCUUUCCUUGCAGCCUUUGAUAAUGGCCAGUACUCUUCUGACGGGUUUUCGCCUCUGUUACUUUUAAAACAUAUUGGAUUUGACAAAUGCAUCCAAAAUGAGCUCCUUGACAAGGGUGGAUUCAGUCCUUGCCCGCUGGAGUCUGUUUAUGACAUUUUGUUGAAGUUGGAUGGAACUGUCGACAGAAUGGCUUCGGGAAUCCGAUCUAAGGUCUUCUGGGAAGUUUUGUUGCAUGGUUUUCCCUCUCAUCCUCACACACCCAGUGGAAUUCUUGUUUCUUGUAUUCUUAGCAUUAGGGGAAUCAUUUGCUUUUUAGAUGGGCUGCUCAAGAUCAAAGAUGCUAAAGAAAUUAUCUCCAGGGAGACUGAGGUACUUCGACAGAUUCUUGAUUCAGUCAUGGUGGUCAAGUCUGAUAGGAUUUUUGAGAGCCUUCAUGGAAAAUGUGAAUCUGUUUAUCACAGCUUGAGUGCAGGCUUGGAAUGGCCUGAUUGCAGCAAUUUGUUUAUCCUGAAGAACAUGGAAGAAUUUUUAAAGAAUAUCAACGCUAGAGAAGUCAUGGAUGGCAGAAUUCAUGAAUUGAUAAUUACCAAGGCUAUUGAUAUCAUGGAUAGCUUAAGGAAGGAACCUUCAAGUGCUGUCAUUGUCAAAAUAUUCCUCUCUGUGGAAGACAUGUCUGAACAGAUCAAGGUUCUGUAUGGCUCACAAUGCGGUGAUUUACUGGUUCUGAUCGAUUCACUGGAUAAAUGUAACUCUGAAUCUGUUGACAUAAAGGUUCUUAACUUCUUCGUUGAUCUCUUAUCCGGAGAAAUGUGUUCUAUUAUUAAACAAAAAAUACAGGAGAAAUUCCUUACCAUGAAUUUGCUUUGCCUGUCAAAAUGGUUGGAAAAGCGGCUGUUAGGUUCCAUGAUUGAAGCUUCAGGUGGGAUCACCAGUGCUAAGGGCAGUUCGGUUACUCUGAAAGAGUCAACCAUGAAUUUUAUUCUGAGCCUUGUAUCCCCGUGUUCUGAAUUUCUUUCUAAAGAAGUACACAGUCACUUGUUUGAAGCUAUGCUGGUUUCACUUGAUAAUGCAUUUAUGCUAUUUGAUAAUCAGACGGCAAAGUCCUUCUUCAGUUUCGUUGUUCAGCUUUUAAAGGGGGAGGCUUCAAUGAAACAACUUCUGCAACGGACUGUGAUGCUGAUGGAGAAGCUGGCUGGUGAUGAACAUAUGCUUCAAGGGCUGAAGUUUCUGUUUGGCUUUCUUGCUUCUGUUUUAAAUGAUUGUGGGUCUACGAAGCAUACCACUGAGAAAUCUACUGGGAAGUCUUUGUCUAGCAAUAGUUCUGGGGUGGGAACUCUUUCUUCUAGAUCUCUAUGUUCGAGAAAAAAUUCUGCAACUUUGGUUCUUUCUGCUAAUCAAGAAGGCGGGUCCACGUCUCUUGAAUGUGAUGCAACUUCUGUAGAUGAAGAUGAGGAUGAUGGAACUUCUGAUGGUGAUGUGGGUAGCAUGGAUAAGGAUGAUGAAGAGGAUUCUAAUAGUGAAAGGGCUCUUGCUUCUAAAGUUUGCACAUUUACAUCCAGUGGCAGCAAUUUUAUGGAACAACACUGGUAUUUUUGUUACACAUGCGAUUUGACUGUAUCAAAAGGCUGUUGUUCUGUGUGUGCAAAAGUUUGUCAUCGUGGUCAUCGUGUUGUGUACUCCCGCUCAAGUCGCUUCUUUUGUGACUGUGGAGCUGGUGGGGUUAGAGGUAGCAAUUGCCAAUGCUUGAAGCCUCGAAAAUUCUCUGGAAAUAGCAGUGCACCUGUUCGUAGUGCUAGUAACUUCCAGUCCCUUUUGCCCUUCACUGAGGAGGGAGAUCAGCUGCCUGAUAGUGAUUCAGAUAUUGAUGAAGACGGUUCCGUAGACCCAGAUAACUCUAUCAGGUUAUCUAUUCCAAUAGAGGUUCAAGAUGGUAUGCCAUUGUUACUUGAAGAACUUGACGUUGAAGGAAGGGUACUUAAACUUUGCUCUUCGUUGUUGCCUUCUAUAACUAGCAGAAGGGAUUCUAACCUUUCAAAAGAUAAGAAAGUUAUACUGGGUGAAGAUAAACUGCUUUCUUACAGUGUUGAUCUUCUGCAGUUGAAGAAGGCAUAUAAAAGUGGGUCAUUAGAUCUGAAAAUAAAGGCUGAUUAUUCAAAUGCCAAGGACCUUAAGGCCCAUUUAGCCAGUGGUUCUCUUGUUAAAUCCUUACUCAGUGUCAGUGUCCGAGGUCGACUUGCUGUUGGAGAAGGUGACAGAGUAGCUAUAUUUGAUGUUGGGCAGCUGAUUGGCCAGGCCACCAUUGCACCUGUGACAGCAGACAAGGCUAAUGUGAAGCCUCUCUCUAAGAAUGUUGUUCGUUUUGAAAUUGUACAUCUUGUCUUCAACCCAGUGGUAGAGAAUUAUCUUGCUGUAGCGGGCUAUGAAGAUUGCCAGGUCCUUACUGUAAGUCAUCGUGGUGAGGUUACUGAUCGUCUAGCCAUUGAACUUGCUUUGCAAGGUGCCUAUAUCAGACGUGUGGAUUGGGUUCCAGGUUCUCAGGUUCAGCUAAUGGUGGUUACCAACAGGUUUGUCAAAAUAUAUGAUCUAUCUCAGGACAACAUUAGUCCCAUGCAUUACUUCACAUUGCCGGAUGACACGAUUGUGGAUGCAACACUUAUUGUGGCUUCCCAGGGAAGGGUUUUUCUUAUUGUCCUUUCAGAACUUGGAUGCUUAUUCAGGCUUGAACUGUCGAUGAAAGGAAAUGUUGGGGCCAAACCAUUAAAGGAAGUAAUUCAGAUUCAGGAUAGAGAUGUGCAAGUGAGGGGCUUAUCUUUAUACUUCUCGUCGACUUAUAAGCUGCUCUUCCUGUCCUAUCAAGAUGGAACCACCUUAGUUGGCCAGCUAAAUCCUGAUGCAACAUUUCUAACUGAAAUAUCCUCCGUGUUCGAGGAUGAGCAAGAUGGUAAGCUGCGACCGGCUGGAUUGCAUCGUUGGAGAGAGUUGUUGAUUGGCAGUGGGUUAUUUGUUUGCUUCUCUAGUGUGAAAUCAAAUGCUGCACUUGCUGUUUCCAUGGGGGAGCAUGAAUUAUUUGCACAGAACUUGCGGCAUGCAGGGGGUUCAACCUUGCCGUUGGUUGGGAUAACUGCUUUCAAGCCAUUAUCCAAAGACAAAAUUCACUGUCUUGUUUUACAUGAUGAUGGAAGCCUUCAGAUAUACUCACACGUUCCUGUUGGGGUAGAUGCUGGCACAAGUGUGAUGUCAGAAAAAGUUAAGAAAUUGGGUUUUGGUAUUCUUAAGAACAAAACUUAUGCUGGUUUAAACCCAGAAUUCCCACUUGAUUUUUUUGAAAAAACAGUAUGCAUCACAGCAGAAGUGAAACUGAGUGGUGAUGUCAUCAGGAAUGGUGAUUCUGAAGGGGCUAAACAAAGCUUGGCAUCUGAAGAUGGAUUUCUAGAGAGUCCCAGCCCUGCAGGAUUUAAGAUAACUGUUUCCAACUCAAAUCCUGACAUAGUCAUGGUUGGUAUUCGUGUGCACGUGGGUAAUACAUCGGCAACCCAUAUACCCUCCGAAAUCACUAUUUUUCAGAGAGUGAUAAAAUUAGAUGAGGGCAUGCGGUCUUGGUAUGAUAUUCCAUUUACUGUGGCUGAAUCACUUCUUGCUGACGAAGAAUUUACGAUCUCUGUUGGGCCAACAUUCAAUGGCUCUGCAUUACCCAGAAUUGACUCAUUGGAGGUUUAUGGCCGAGCAAAGGAUGAAUUUGGUUGGAAAGAGAAGAUGGAUGAUGUUUUGGAUAUGGAAGCUCGUGUUCUUGGUUGUAAUUCUUGGGUUGCAGGAUCUGGGAAAAAAUUCCGUACUACACAAUCUGCUCCUAUUCAGGAGCAGGUGGUAGCAGAUGGCCUGAAACUUCUAUCUAGGUUUUAUUCGUUAUGUAGGCCAAAAGAAUGUUCAAAAGCUGAGGAAGUAAGACUGGAGCUGAGCAAACUCAAGUGCAAACAAUUGCUAGAAACAAUAUUUGAAACUGACAAGGAACCCUUGUUGCAAGCCGCUGCUUGUCGUGUCUUGCAGGCUGUGUUUCCCAAAAGGGAGAUGUAUUACCAAGUCAAGGACACCAUGCGUCUGCUUGGUGUGAUGAAAUCGACCACCAUUCUCUCUUCAAGACUGGGUGUUGGUGUUGCAGCAGGUUGGAUUAUUGAAGAGUUUACAGCCCAGAUGCGUGCAGUUUCUAAGAUUGCACUGCACCGCCGGUCAAACUUAGCUACUUUCCUGGAGACGAAUGGUUCUGAAGUGGUAGACGGGCUUAUGCAAGUUUUAUGGCGAAUUUUGGACAUAGAGCAGCCUGACACACAAACUAUGAACAACAUUGUAGUAUCAUCUGUCGAACUCAUUUAUUGUUAUGCCGAGUGUCUUGCUUUGCAUGGAAAUGAUGCAGGGGAGUGCUCUGUUGCCCCUGCUGUUUCGUUAUUCAAGAAGCUUCUGUUUUCUUCCAAUGAGGCUAUUCAGACUUCUAGCAGCUUGGCUAUAUCAUCAAGAUUGCUUCAGGUUCCAUUUCCAAAGCAAACCAUGUUAGGUACAGAUGAUGUAAUGGAGAGCGCAGUAUCUGCUCCUGUGCCUUCUGAUAUUACAACCUCAGCUUGUGGGAAUGCUCAGGUCAUGGUUGAAGAAGACUCUAUUACUUCAUCUGUUCAGUACUGUUGUGAUGGUUGCUCCACUGUUCCUAUACUUAGGCAGAGAUGGCAUUGUACUGUUUGCCCUGAUUUUGAUUUAUGUGAGGCAUGUUAUGAAGUACUAGAUACAGAUAGGCUUCCUCCACCACAUUCCAGAGACCAUCCGAUGUUAGCAAUUCCUAUUGAAGUAGAAACAUUAAGUGGGGAUGGCAACGAAAUUCACUUAUCUACAGAUGAUUUGAGUGAUUCGAACUUGUUGCCAGUAAUUGCAGAUGUCAGCUUGCAGAAUCCUGCUCCAUCAAUUCAUGUGUUGGAACCCAAUGAAUCUGAAGAGUUUUCUGCUUCACUGAUAGAACCUGUCACAAUUUCAGCAUCAAAAAGGGCUUUAAAUUCUUUACUUCUCUCUGAGCUCCUUGAACAACUGAAAGGAUGGAUGGAGAUCACAUCUGGGCUUCAGGCUAUCCCUGUUAUGCAGCUUUUCUACAGAUUGUCAUCUGCUGUGGGUGGGCCUUUUGUGGACAGCUCAAAACCAGCAAGCUUAGAUCUGGAGAAACUAAUAAAAUGGUUUUUGGAUGAGAUGAAUCUCAACAAACCAUUUGCAGCGAAAAACCGUUCUAGUUUUGGAGAAGUCACCAUCCUUGUUUUCAUGUUUUUCACCCUGAUGCUACGAAACUGGCACCAACCUGGCAGUGAUGGUUCUAUUCCAAAAUUAAGUAAAACAACAGAUUCACAUGACAAAAGCACAAUCCAGAUUCCGCCUUCCCCCUCAGUUUCUGGCACAUCUUCCUUCGAUGAUCAAGAGAAAACUGACUUUGCUUCCCAGCUGCUUCGAGCUUGUGGUUCUCUUAGGCAGCAAGUUUUUGUUUAUUAUCUAAUGGAUAUUCUGCAGCAGCUGGUGCAUGUUUUGAAAUCCACCUCUGUUAACUUUGACACUGCACACGGAUUGAGCCCUGGUUCGGGAUGCGGGGCUUUGCUAACAGUCAGAAGAGAACUACCAGCAGGUAAUUUCUCUCCAUUCUUUUCGGAUUCAUAUGCCAAAUCCCAUCACACCGACGUAUUUGGGGACUACCAUAGGCUCUUGGUAGAAAAUGCUUUCCGAUUGCUUUACAGUCUGGUUCGACCAGAAAAGCAUGACAAGGGUGGGGAGAAGGAGAAGAUUUACAAAACUCCUUUUGGUAAGGAACUGAAGUUAGAUGGAUAUAAUGAUGUUUUCUGCAGUUACAUCAACAAUCCUCAUACAACUUCUAUAAGAAGGUAUGCAAGGAGGCUUUUUCUGCAUUUGUGUGGUAGCAAAUCUCAUUAUUAUAGUGUUCGAGAUUCGUGGCAGUUCUCAAGUGAAGUUAAGAAACUUUACAAACACGUAAGUAAAUGUGGUGGCUUCCAAAAUACUGUCCCAUAUGAGAGGAGUGUUAAGAUCGUGAAAUGCCUGACUGCUAUUGCUGAAGUUGCUGCUGCACGACCUCGAAACUGGCAGAAGUAUUGCUUGAGGCACGGGGAUGUUUUACCCUUUCUUAUGGAUGGAGUUUUCUAUUUUGGGGAAGAGUCCGUCAUUCAGACUCUUAAACUUCUAAAUUUGGCCUUCUAUACUGGAAAGGACUCUAGCCACUCUUUGCAGAAAGCUGAAGCAGUGGAUGCUUCGAAUAAAUCAGGAACACUGGAUUCGAAGAAGAAAAAGAAAGGAGAAGAUGGAACUGAAUCUGGUUUGGAGAAGUCUUACUUGGAUAUGGAGUCCGUGGUACACUUCUUCAGUGCCAAGGGAUGUGAUGUCCUGAGGCAAUUCAUCGAUUGUUUUUUACUGGAAUGGAAUUCAAGCUCUGUGCGCACGGAAGCGAAGUGUGUUCUUUAUGGUGUAUGGCAUCAUGGAAAGCAGUCAUUUAAGGAAACUGUGUUGGUGACUCUCUUGCAGAAAGUGAAAUGCCUGCCAAUGUAUGGUCAGAAUAUCAUUGAGUAUACAGAACUUGUGACCUGCUUGUUGGGGAAGAUACCUGACAAUAUAUCGAAGCAACAGAGCUCUGAAAUUGUGGACCGCUGCUUGACUUCUGAUGUCAUUAGGUGCAUCUUCGAGACGCUUCACUCACAAAAUGAGCUUUUAGCAAAUCAUCCUAAUUCCCGUAUAUAUAACACUUUGAGCGGGUUGGUGGAAUUUGAUGGAUACUAUCUUGAGAGUGAACCUUGUGUUGCUUGUAGCUCUCCGGAGGUACCCUACAGCAGGAUGAAGCUAGAAAGCCUGAAAUCGGAAACAAAGUUUACCGACAACCGCAUCAUAGUGAAAUGCACUGGGAGCUACACCAUCCAGAGUGUGACCAUGAAUGUUCAUGAUGCUCGAAAGUCCAAAUCUGUGAAAGUAUUGAACCUUUACUAUAACAACAGGCCUGUGGCUGACUUGUCAGAGUUGAAGAACAAUUGGUCCUUGUGGAAGCGUGCAAAGAUCUGCCAUCUUGCUUUCAAUCAGACUGAGCUAAAAGUAGAUUUUCCAAUUCCAAUAACUGCAUGUAACUUCAUGAUUGAGCUGGAUUCCUUCUAUGAAAAUCUUCAAGCUUUAUCGCUGGAACCAUUGCAAUGCCCACGUUGCAGCCGACCUGUCACUGAUAAGCAUGGGAUAUGCAGUAAUUGCCAUGAGAAUGCAUAUCAAUGCAGGCAGUGCCGUAACAUUAAUUAUGAGAAUCUGGAUUCUUUUUUAUGCAAUGAAUGUGGGUACAGCAAAUAUGGUCGUUUCGAAUUUAAUUUCAUGGCAAAACCAAGUUUUACUUUUGAUAACAUGGAGAAUGAUGAAGAUAUGAAGAGGGGACUGGCUGCUAUAGAAUCUGAAUCAGAAAAUGCUCAUAGGAGAUAUCAGCAGCUUUUGGGCUUUAAGAAGCCUUUGCUCAAGAUUGUCUCAAGCAUCGGAGAGAAUGAAAUGGACUCCCAACAAAAGGACUCUGUUCAGCAAAUGAUGGUCUCUCUGCCUGGACCUUCAUGUAAGAUAAACCGUAAAAUUGCUCUUCUUGGUGUUCUAUAUGGUGAGAAGUGCAAAGCAGCUUUUGAUUCUGUUAGCAAAAGUGUACAGACACUUCAAGGGCUUAGACGGGUUUUGAUGAAUUACUUGCAUCAGAAACAUUCUGAUAAUGCAGUCACCUCGUCAAGAUAUGUUGUGUCCAGGUCACCAAACAGUUGCUAUGGUUGUGCUACUACAUUUGUCACACAAUUUCUUGAGAUACUACAGGUGCUAUCAAAGCACCCAAACUCCAAGAAACAACUUGUUGCUGCUGGCAUCUUAUCUGAGUUGUUUGAAAAUAAUAUUCAUCAAGGUCCUAAAACAGCUCGUGUCCAAGCGAGGGCAGCACUUUGUGCUUUCUCUGAGGGUGAGAUGAAUGCCGUGGCUGAGUUGAAUAGUUUAAUACAGAAGAAAGUUAUGUACUGUCUUGAACAUCAUCGCUCCAUGGACAUUGCCUUGGCUACCCGUGAAGAGCUGUUGUUGCUUUCAGAGGUGUGUUCUUUGGCAGAUGAAUAUUGGGAAUCAAGACUGCGUGUUGUCUUCCAAUUGUUGUUUUCUUCUAUUAAAUUGGGUGCUAAACAUCCUGCUAUAUCUGAGCAUGUUAUUCUUCCUUGUCUGAGGAUUAUAUCUCAGGCAUGUACACCUCCAAAACCUGAUGUGGUGGAGAAGGAUCAAGGAACAGGGAAGUCUGCCACUGUUUCACUGUUGAAGGAUGAAAACAAUUUGAAUCCAUCUGGGUCUUUAAGUGGCCUUGUCAGUGGGAGUAAAUCUGUCCAGGAGUCAUUAGAAAAGAGCUGGGAUGGUUCUCAGAAGACUCAAGAUAUUCAAUUACUAAGCUAUGCUGAGUGGGAGAAGGGAGCGUCGUAUCUUGAUUUUGUAAGGCGGCAGUAUAAAGUGUCUCAGGCAGUCAAAGGUGUUCAGAAGUCUCGGCCUCAGAGACAUGAUUACCUUUCUCUCAAAUAUGCUCUAAGAUGGAAGCGGCGUGCUUGUAAGACAUCUAAAAGUGAGUUGUCAUCAUUUGAGCUGGGCUCAUGGGUUACGGGACUUGUAUUGAGUGCUUGUUCUCAGUCUAUAAGAUCUGAGAUGUGUAUGCUGAUUAGUUUGCUUUAUGCACAAAGUUCAUCAAGACGGUUUCGGUUGUUGAAUUUACUUAUGUCUUUGUUACCGGAAACCCUUUCUGCCGGUGAAAAUGCCGCUGAGUAUUUUGAAUUGCUCUUUAAGAUGAUAGAUUCAGAAGAUGCCAAGCUUUUCUUGACUGUGCGUGGGUGUCUGACUACAAUAUGUAAGUUAAUAACUCAAGAAGUGAAUAUUGUUGAAUCUCUAGAGAGGAGCCUGCAUAUUGACAUCUCUCAGGGAUUUAUCCUUCACAAACUUAUAGAGCUCCUCGGUAAAUUUUUGGAGGUUCCCAAGAUCAGAUCCAGAUUCAUGCAAGAGAAGUUGCUGUCACAAGUCCUUGAAGCCUUCAUUGUCAUUCGCGGCUUGAUAGUGCAGAGGACAAAGUUGAUAAGUGAUUGUAAUAAGCUUCUAAAAGAUCUUCUAGACGGUCUAAUGCUUGAGAGUAGUGAAAAUAAACGCCAGUUCAUACGGGCCUGCAUUAGUGGUCUGCAAAAACAUGGAGAGGACAGAAGAGGACGAACUUCUUUGUUUAUCUUGGAGCAGCUCUGCAAUCUUAUCUGCCCAUCAAAACCAGAGUCUGUAUAUCUUUUGGUUCUGAACAAGGCUCACACCCAAGAAGAGUUCAUCAGGGGAUCAAUGACCAAGAAUCCUUACUCCAGUGUUGAGAUUGGUCCACUGAUGCGUGAUGUUAAAAACAAAAUCUGUCACCAGUUGGAUCUGUUAGGUCUUCUUGAAGAUGACUAUGGUAUGGAAUUGCUAGUGGCUGGAAAUAUCAUCUCUCUUGAUUUGAGCAUUCCUCAAGUUUAUGAGCUAGUUUGGAAAAAGUCAAAUAGUCAGUCUUCAAAUGCAACAGCUAGCACUACCUUGCUAGCCUCUACUGCUGUCACAUCAUCCAGAGAUUGUCCUCCAAUGAUUGUGACUUACAGGCUUCAGGGGUUAGAUGGUGAAGCUACUGAGCCCAUGAUCAAAGAAUUGGAGGAGGAUAGAGAGGAAUCUCAAGAUCCAGAAGUUGAGUUUGCAAUAGCAGGCGCAGUUCGGGAAUGCGGUGGUUUAGAAAUUAUUUUGGGCAUGAUUCAGUGUUUACGAGAUGAUUUGAAGUCUAAUCAAGAGCAGUUGGGUGUGGUGCUUAAUCUCCUGAUGCUCUGCUGCAAGAUAAGAGAAAAUAGAAGGGCAUUAUUAAGCCUGGGCGCUUUAAAUGUCCUCCUUGAAACAGCAAGGCGAGCCUUUUCUGUAGAUGCCAUGGAGCCAGCUGAAGGCAUUCUUUUGAUUGUGGAGAGUCUGACAUUGGAAGCAAAUGAGAGCGAUAACAUUGACAUCACACAGUGUGCUCUUACAGUCACUAAUGAAGAAACUGGUGCUGCUGAACAGGCCAAAAAAAUUGUCCUGAUGUUCCUGGAAAGAUUGUGCCAUCCUUCUGGCCUUAAAAAGUCAAAUAAACAGCAGAGGAACACUGAGAUGGUUGCAAGAAUCUUGCCUUACUUGACCUAUGGUGAACAGGUGGCAAUGGAGGCACUCAUCCAGCAUUUUGAACCAUACCUAAAAGACUGGGUUGAAUUUGACCGGCUGCAGAAACAGUAUCAAGACAACACAAAGGAUGAGAGCAUUGCCCAGCAAGCAACCAAGCAGAGGUUUUCAGUAGAGAACUUUGUUAGAGUUUCAGAGUCACUCAAGACAAGUUCAUGUGGGGAGAGAUUAAAGGACAUUAUAUUGGAAAAGGAGAUUACUGGUUCUGCAGUUAGACAUCUGAGGGAGAGUUUUGCAUUUACAGGGCAGGCAGGCUUGAAAUCUAGGGCAGAAUGGGCGUCGGGCUUAAAACUGCCAUCUGUGCCACUAAUCUUGUCUAUGCUGAGGGGAUUGUCGAUGGGACACUUGGCCACUCAAAGGUGUAUAGAUGAUGGAGGGAUCUUACCAUUGCUCCAUGCUUUGGAAGGUGUGUCAGGAGAAUAUGAGAUUGGGGCAAGGGCUGAGAACUUGUUGGACACUCUCUCUGAUAAAGAGGGAAAUGGUGAUGGAUUUCUAGCAGAGAAGGUUCGCAUAUUGCGGUAUGCCACCCGAGAUGAGAUGAGGCGAAGAGCUCUAAAGAAGAGAGAAGAGUUGCUUCAGGAACUUAGGAUGCGACAGGAAUUGACUUCAGAUGGUGGAGAGAGAAUUAUUGUUGCUCAGCCAAUCCUUGAAGGUUUAGAAGAUGUCGAAGAGGAGGAAGAUGGGUUGGCAUGCAUGGUUUGCCGAGAGGGCUACAGUUUAAGACCCACUGACCUACUGGGUGUCUACUCUUACAGCAAGAGAGUAAAUCUGGGUGUUGGAACGUCAGGAAGUUCUCGUGGGGAGUGUGUUUACACAACGGUUAGCCAUUUCAACAUCAUACAUUUCCAGUGCCAUCAGGAGGCUAAAAGAGCCGAUGCUGCUCUGAAGAAUCCGAAAAAAGAAUGGGAUGGCGCCACUCUAAGGAACAAUGAGACUCUUUGCAAUAAUUUAUUCCCCUUGAGAGGUCCCUCUGUUCCAGUAGCACAAUAUAUCCGUUGGGUUGACUGGUAUUGGGAUAACCUCAACGCUCUUGGACGUGCUGAUGGAAGUCGGCUCCGUUUGUUGACUUACGACAUCGUUCUGAUGCUAGCUCGAUUUGCAACCGGUGCAUCUUUUAGUGCAGAUAGCAGGGGUGGGGGAAAGGAAAGCAACUCGCGUUUUCUUCCUUUCAUGAUUCAGAUGGCUCAUCACCUUCUUGAUCAGGGAAACCCUUCUCAGCAGCGCCUUACCAUGGCCAAGGCUGUCACGACAUAUUUGUCCACGGCCUCAGUAGAUACACAACCUUCUGUUGGAACAGAAGAAACUGUCCAAUUCAUGAUGGUGAACUCACUUCUCUCAGAAUCUUACGAGUCGUGGUUGCAACACCGCCGUGGGUUCUUGCAACGUGGAAUAUACCACACAUACAUGCAGCACACUCAUGGCAGGAAUCAAACAAGUGCUGGGAGAUCAGAUUCAGGAAGUUCAAGCACGGACCGCAAAAAGGAAACUGGUGGUGGUGAUGAUCUAUUGCCCAUCAUUCAACCGAUCCUCGUCUAUACUGGCUUGAUUGAGCAGCUGCAGCAUUUUUUCAAGGUCAAAAAAGCAGCAACUGUGGUUGUGGCCCAGGCAGAAGGAUCAUCCGGAAGUGUAGAAGGGGAAGACAAAAGCGGAAACUUGGAAAGUUGGGAGGUGUUGAUGAAAGAGAGACUGUCGAACGCAAAAGAGAUGGUCGGAUUCUCCAGGGAAUUGCUGUCAUGGCUUGACGAGAUGACUUCUGCUGGAGAUCUGCAAGAGGCAUUCGACGUCAUUGGCGUGUUGGCUGAUGUGCUUUCUGGUGGGCUAACACGGUGUGAGGACUUCGUAAAUGCUGCAAUUAAUGGAGAGAAGAACUGAGCAUUUGAUGUAAUCAGAACUCAGAUGUGUUUCUGAUCAGUUGGUUAUACCGUCGUGGAUGAAGAUGUAAUUACGGAGAGAGAAUUAUCAACUGCCUUGAAUUUUGAUACACAUUUAGUUGUAUUCGUGCUUUAGUACCCAUGUAGGAAAAGAACUGCCAAGUCCCUACUCUUUAAAUGCUGAAAUUGUAUCUGUUGUACACACAUUGUUCCGAGCUGAAAUGAAAACUUUUUCCA